AUGUCCAAAGCCGGAGAUUUGGUGGUUGCCUAGCAAGAAUAACAAAAACACGCAACUGUAGCGCUAUAAUGUGUUACUGUUAUUUUGCUGUGCCAUACUUUUUAACACUUUCAAUUCUCCCUCUUUCUCUUCUCCAGACCCUGUCAGGCUGGUGAAUGGGACUAGUCUGUGUUCAGGCAGACUGGAGGUAAAGUCUAACCAGUCUAACCAGACCUGGUCCUCAGUGUGCGAAGAAGACUUCGACCUGCAGGAUGCUGAGGUGGUCUGCAGGGAGCUUGGCUGUGGGGCUCCUUCAGUCCUCCAGGGGGCGCUCUAUGGAGACAUGGAGGCUCGAGUGUGGACCAAAGAGUUCCAGUGUAGAGGCCAUGAGUCUGCUCUGCUGAACUGUGACAGCUCAGAUAGAAACACCUGCUCUUCUGGUAAAGCUGCAGGACUCACCUGCUCAGAGCCCGAUAAUUUCCAGUUGGUGAGAGGAUCCAGUCGCUGUGCCGGUGAACUGGAGAUGAAGAAAGAUGGAGAGUGGCGUGAAAUGGAUGUUGAAGAUUCUGCCUGGAACCUAACGGCAGCAGAUGUAGUGUGUAGACAUCUUCACUGUGGCUCUGCGGUUUCAACAGAGAGGAAAGACAUGGAGUUGUACACAGGAAAAUGGAUCAUAAGCUCAACCUGUCUUCAAUCCACGUCUGCAGUUAGAGAGUGUAUAUUAUCGGAGGUUUCCAUUUCCGAUUCCAUCCUGGAGAUCAACUGCUCAGGUAACACCUCACCAGGCAAUACUUCAGCUAUAACUGUAAUCUCAGUCUUCUCGCUUACAUUUACAUUUCACAGAUGCUUUUGUUCAAAGCGUCCAAACGAGGUACCAUCCACGCUAAAGUAGAUCCAGGAGAAGUCAUCAAGAAUAAGAGCUUAGUUGUACACUCCAUCUGACAGUGCCACAUGGUUGCAGGUGCACGCUGCAAUGCAUAGGUUUAUGGGAAAUGAAAAGGCAGCAUUGAGUAAGUUAUCUUAUUCAGCCAGCAAUGGAGACCUACGGCUGUAUGUACCCGACUCAGAAUUAAAGAUCCUAUGCUAUGCUACUUUUUGGAUAGUUUUAUAUACACCUUAGUUGUCCCCUAAUACUGUAUCUGAAGUCU